AAUCUAAAAUAAAAUUAAUUUCAUUUAGUUGUUAGACAUGAAACACUUCAUAAGUAUUUUAGUGAUUAUAACAGUGGCAGGCAGUGUGCCACUGGAUAAAUGGUUUAAAAGUGCUGAUGACAGCUUGUAUUACAUUGAAGCGGAGACAAAGUACACCUGGUUUGAAUCUUGGAAUGAAUGUGCCCGUAAAAAUAUGACCCUAAUAGCCAUAGACACUAAGUACAAGCAUGUCCAAAUUGAUACUUUAAUAAGAAAAUUAUUUGUAAACUGUCCCUCAUUUUGGUUGGCCGGCCAUGAUAAUGCUGUCGAUAUGCGCUAUGAAUGGGCCACUACUGGAAAUGUAUUCAGUUUCACCAAUUGGGGUCCAGGGCAACCAGAUCGUCUGAAUAAUAAUGAACAUUGUAUAUUGAUUUGGCAAAAUACUUGGCAGUGGUACGAUUUGUCAUGUUCACAUAAACUUGGUUUUAUAUGCGAAGAAAAUGAAUUUUUAAAAGAAAAGAACAAGGAGUUGACCAGCUUAAGGGAAACUUUUCUAAAUUUAAUUAUCAAUGGUUGUAGCAGACCUAAUAAUAGUGUUGUUUUGAAUAUAAAUGGACAAUGAAUUUAAAGAUGUUAUUUUCAUAUGUUUUUAAAUAAAACAAUAUUUUAUAUUUGAUUAUAUAAAAAAAUUAAAA